ACUCAACUGCCCAGUGCCCGAGGCCCCAAGUACCUUGAGUCCUAGACGGUAGUUAGCUGCUCUACAAAUAGACUAACACAACCCCACCAUCACCGUCCACUACCUAGGUUGCGCGGCCUGCUAAGCUACAAUACCUCUGCUCAGAUCACCACGCGCGAGACGGAGCGAGCAGCAGAACAGAUCCACCAUCCAAUCCAAUACCUACCACAAACAGCCCAGCGAGGAGGAGUCGGAGUCAAUGCAAGCACCAUCGCAGCGAGCACUUCUCGUGCUUGAUCUCCAGAAAGAGUUCCUGAAUCCGCCGACGGGGCGAUGUCUGCUCCCACUCGCCUCAGCCGACGCCUUGCAGCAACCGCAGUUCCUACGCUCGAUCGGCCAGCUCCUGCCGCGCUUCCGCGCGCUCGGCGGCGACGUCAUCUGGAUCCGCAGCGAGUCGCGCGCGCGACGCGACUUCACCGAUCCGCGCGUCGAAGAGACGAUCCUGGUCGUGAACGACUCCGACAGCGAGGAGGAGCUGACGGAAGAGGAGCCUGAGGAGGGCGACUCGGACUUUGGGAAGGGCGUGAGACAUGUGCCGAGACAGAAGGGCGGGAGGGUCGCAGUCAAGGAUGGGAAUGGGCCUACGAGGCCGCCGCUGCUCACUGAUGCUUACCUGUCCAUUGAGUCCCAGCAUCCCCCCGUCUCGAAGGGGACCCCCGCGAGUGAGUGGCAUGAGCCCGUGCGUGGGAUGAUGGUGCUGCCGCCGGAUAGGGAGGUGACGAAGAGCUGGUACUCGGCGUUUAAGGAUACGGAGUUGUUGAAGACGCUGCGCGGGAGGCUGGUUACGCAGCUAGUGAUCGUGGGAUUGAUGACGAAUGUCGAUGUGCUUGCUACAGCGGCGGAUGCGGCCAGGCAUGGGUUUGAGGUCUGGGUGCUCGAGGAUUGUCUCGGGUAUCGGAGUCAGUCCGCGCAUGACUCGGCGCUCGAGGUUUUGGUGAACGACUUUGCGGUCGAGAAGAUGGAUAGCUUUAACUUGAUGAAGACGUGGGAGAAUGAUAAGAGUAGCAAGGGGAGUGUGCCGUGUAUGGGGCUGGGCGCUACGGGAAUGUCCAAGGAGGAGCUGUCGAAGGUGGUCGAGGGACUGCGGUCGACCAUACUAGGGUCUUCCAGCGGCGAGAACGGCGAUAGGGGAAAGGAUGCCCGGAGGUCACUGGUUGCACAGGUAUCUGCAGAGGAUGCGGAGCCCGGGGAGAAGGGGCGGGUGCAGAGGGGGCCGUCGCUACGAAGGAGUGCAGCUAAGGGUGACCGAGUGGAAAGAAAGCCCUCACAACGCAGGCCUGGGGGUGUACCUGGGGCCGCCAAGGUGGCGAAGAUUCUUGCGGAUGCGGAGGCGGCGGAUGCGAGGGCGGAAGCGGAGGCCAUGAUUAUGACGGAGAAAUUGGCGGCAAUGAAGGUGGAGGAGAAGUCGACGGCGGUAACGGCAGAAGAGAAGCCAACGGCAGAAGGGGAGAAGCCCGCGGCAGUAAAGGAGGCCGAAAAGCCUGCGAAUGAGAAAGCUACUACAGCCCCACCCGUCGAUAAACCAACCUAUAAACUAAGAAAGUUCGAAAGUGACGCACCAGUUCUUGGAGUGGGGGACAAACUCGGCGACGGAGAUUCGUUCAUUCUCUACAACAUCUUACCAGAUGAUCUCGCCGGAACCGUCUUUGAGAGACUCAAGAAAGAGGUGGCGUGGAGGAGCAUGUUCCACCGAGGCGGAGAAGUCCCCAGAUUAGUUGCUGUAGAGGGUGAAAUUGCGGAAGAUGGAAGUUUUCCGAUAUAUAGACACCCGUCCGAUGAAUCGCCGCCGCUGCUGCCUUUCUCCCCAACCGUCGAGCUGAUCCGACAGGAAGUCCAAAAUUUCUUGAAACAUCCAAUCAACCACGUCUUGAUCCAGCAUUAUCGUCACGGUGGGGAUUAUAUCUCUGAACAUUCCGAUAAAACACUGGAUAUUGCACGGAGAUCGAAGAUCGUCAAUGUCAGUCUUGGAGCCCAGCGAACGAUGAUCCUUAAAAUGAAAAGGGAUUUCACGCCAAAGAAACCAGAGGUGGAAGAUGAGAAGAAGGAACAAGGUAAAGACACGAAAACUGGUACCAAACGUGAUAUGCAACGCAUCCCCAUGCCACACAAUUCAAUGUUCGUCCUGGGUCCCGAUACCAACAAGGCAUGGCUUCACGGCAUCAAACAAGACAGACGCGCACAAAACCUCAAGUCCGAGCAGGAGCUAGCUUACAACGGCGAGCGUAUAUCUCUGACAUUCCGCCACAUCGCCACGUUUCUAUCUAAAGACGAGCAAAAGAUCUGGGGACAAGGCGCAAGGGCGAAGUCUAGCGAUGAUGCGCACCCCAUCAUCAACGGAGCCAGCGAGGCCACCGAAAACCUCAUUCAAGCGUUUGGAACCGAGAAUCAGCGGAACGAUGUGGAUUGGGAGACCUGCUACGGUUCCGGCUUCGAUGUCCUCCACAUGCAAGUGCCCAAACCACGAAUUCUCACCUCCGGUAUUCUGGAUGAAGCCACAGCGCGCAUCAAGAUAUGCCUCUACGAGAAAGAGGUAGACUUCACCGAGCAGAUCCUCACGCCCGAACAAUUACCCUCGCUCUCCACAUACACCCUUCACGGCGAAACCCCGGUAUUCCUCGAUACCGACCGCGAACGCACCGCGAUGCACGACUCCCUAGCGAUCAUACAAUACCUGGAAAUGUACCACACCCCGCCCAGCAGCGAUGGACCGUGGCUCCUCCCUAUGCCAACCGAGGAGCGUUCGAAAUACGCGCUCGCGCUCAACCGUCUGCAAGAAUCGGAGCGCCUGCUCAACUCCUUUCGGCGCGGCGCGACGAAGGAGGUUGCAGCGCAACUGGCCGUCUGGAAUUCGUACCUCGUCACAUCCCGGUUCGCAGCCGGCAAUGAGUUCUCGCUUGUCGAUGUCGCCGUGUACCCUGUUCUCGAGAAGAUCCGGAGGGAUCAGCAGCUCCAGCUGCCCCUGGGCGAGACUUUGGAGAAGUAUGUCAACGCGCUGGCGGAGAGGCCGAGUAUAAAACGUGCAUAUCGCGCCGGCCAGUACGCCGAGCUCGAGGGACCCAUCGAGGUCGCAAGGGCAUACAUGUUGCCGCCGCCGCCGCCGCCGCCAAAGGACGCGGAAGUGGAACUACUGCAGAUGCAGGCGCGCUUGGAGAAGGUUUCUUUGGUGGCGGGAAAGAGUGAAUAAAUGCGGGUUCAUGCUUCUACUUCUACUGCUAUCUACUAUCUACUAUCUACUAUCUACUACUACUUCUGCUACUAUCUACUUGUAUUUACAUUUUUUCUUGAUGGCAAUCAUGGCAUACCAUGUAUGUGCGUUUCCGUAUCUUUUUUAAAAUUUUGCUACAUACUUCAUACCGAAUUUUCUUUGCUGUAACUGCACAGCACAACCUAGAGGCUGGGAUGAUG